CCCACGAUGCCACCGCUCUCUUCCUCGGCGCUAAUAAUACGCCGAUAUACCACCAAUUCUGCCACCAUGGCUCUACGCGAGACUCCCGAGAGUAGCUGCCACGGUACGCGCGCCGCGACGGGUGACCAAAGACAUUGCUAAUCGCGCGCCCAUGCCGCGAGGGAUAAUUUUAAAUCCGCUGUUUGUCGCGAGGCCUCGGGAGUUUUGUCCUGGUCGUGAGAAAAGUGCGAGUGCGAGGCCGGUUGCAUUAAAAUAAUUCAUCGAUUCGAGGUGUCGCACGUAAUGUCAACAUCGACCGAAGCAAAAGAGCAAAACAGUGACAUUCGAGAAAAGAAGGUGUAACGUACGAUGGAUCUACACUGACGUGAGACACCGACCACGGUCGGCUUGACGAGGCUUAUGGUAUUUUUCGCUGGGAAAUAAUAUACGAGAGGCUCGUGAAAACAAUCGCCGUAACUUCCGCGAGUGAAGAUGAAGAAACGCGAGAUCAGGUAAAGGAGGACAUCGCUCUCUUGGUGGGUAAUGUGGAGAAUGCAAGAAGGCAUCGUUCUACCGCGGGAAGAGGCCGAUAUGCGCGCCAGUCUAUCACUGUCGCCGCAGGAGAGAAGGCCCGUGUUGCUCGUCCGUACCGGCGAGCCCUUCCCGAGGUACGACAGCAUGCGACAGCAACAGUCACCGUCGAGCUCGCCGAUCCUGCGAUCCGUCACCUCCGUCGACAAGGAUCAGUAUCAUGAGAUGGAUCAGGGCAGAGAGAAGAGGCCGAACGAUGCCGAGGAGGCGGAAGAGCAGGAGGACGAGGAGGAGGACGAUGUCGAGGACGAGCGGAACACGCCGGCCGGAAGGAACGUCAUCGUGGACGACGAGGACGACGAAGAACCGGAAGACGAGGAAGAGGAGGAGGACGACGGUCGAUCCGAGAGACACCGAAACGGCAGCUACCACGAAGACGGUGACGUCGAAGUCGACGUGUGUCGGGAGGACGCCGACGAGAGCAACCCCAGUAGCCCGGUGGAUCUCACGGCACCCUCGUCGAGAGGCGUCGCAUCCGAGCAGCUCGUACAUCCGUUCGCCAAUCGCGGGGUGCAUCCUUUCACCUGUGUACAAAGUGGUGGGCCCGCCGGCCAUGGAACGUCAGUGUAUAUAUCCGGGCACGGCGCCACGGGCUCGGCUGUCAUGACGGUGUGCACUUCCGGUAACGUGGCGCGUACCACGACCGGCACGUCGACAGGUAGCAUCACCACGACCGCUACCGGCACGGUGCAGACGAACAACAAGCGGUGCCUCGCAUUCUCCGUCGAGAAUAUCCUCGACCCGAACAAGUUUACCGGUGGCCGCGUCGUCCAUAAUCGCGUGCAGCAUCGCCGUCACCGACGCGCCGGCAGCGUGCACGAAGACGGCGACUCGCGGGGCGAAUUCGCCUGCGGCAGCGGGCAAGAAGAUGAGGAAGGUACACCGGACACCGUCAUGGAGGAGAUGGAGGAGGACGUCGAGGAGGAGGACGAAGACGAGGAGAUUGAAAUGCGGGUGAUGGAUCAGGAUUCCGAGAGCGUCGGGCGAGAGAACGCGACUAGCGGCGGCACCAACACAACCGCGACAAACUGCAAGAAGCGACAGUCCUCGUCGUCGUCCACCUCGUCGAGCGGCGUCCAGGUGCAAAACUGUCAGAGUCAGAGUCAGAACGGUCAGAACGGCACGGGCGGCGGGGGCGGGGGCGGCGGAGGCAGCAGCAACGCCAGCGGUAAACCCAGAAGGGCGCGAACGGCCUUCACGUACGAGCAGCUGGUUAGGCUGGAGAACAAGUUCAAGACUACGAGAUACCUGUCCGUGUGCGAGCGGCUGAACCUCGCGCUCGAGCUGCAGCUGACCGAGACCCAGGUGAAGAUCUGGUUCCAGAAUCGGCGGACCAAGUGGAAGAAGCAGAAUCCGGGCCUGGACGUCAACAGUCCCACGGUGCCGACGACGCCGCCGCAUCCGUCGCCGUACGCGCCAGCCUUCCUCUUCGCCGCGCACCCCCAUCAGCACCCCCUGCCGCACUCGCACACGCACCCGCACCCUCACGCCCACGUACACCACCCGCCGCCGGUGCCGCCGCCGCCACCCGGUUACUAUCACCCGGCGGCCCCACCUUACCCGCCGACCGGACCGACCUUCUUCGGCCAUCAUCUGUCAGCGACUCCUGCUGCGACUGCGUCGGGGCCGCCGCCGACAUCUACGCCUUCCUCCACCGGUCUGACCCUCACGUCUCAUCCGCAUCCGCACACGCACCCGCACGCGUAGCGAACUCGCGGGCGACGAUAGCCUGCGUCAGCGUCCUCGCCUUCGUAGUCCACGGCAAGGAAACGGCGGGUUCGUGUGAGUACUUCCGGUCGCGGCGAAGAAAAGUACUAGGGGGGAGAAGGGGAUAUAUUGGUGUGUUUGUAACUUACUCGUUGUUUGAUUCUCCAAUUUCUUGUUUUUCGAUGAAUGAUUUGUCAUAAUAAUUAUAGUUGUUUUGUCAAAUUAACAGAAAGUAUUACAUCGUUCUUCUGCGUGAUAAUAAAUGAAAUUGGUCACUUGAAGAAUAAAAUUGAAAAUUACAAAGUCCGUAGAAUUUUUGCAGGUUGUGAUAAU